UAGCUUUAGGCACACCAUAAUUUGUCAUCUGUCACAUGUUUGUUUUCAAAAAACUUUCUAUCUUCAAUCUUCACUUUUCGACAUUUUUUAUAAAAUUAAUCACUUUUUUCUUAUUUUCUUUAAAAAGCAAUGAAAAUUCUUACGUAAAUAUACAGUAGAAUAGAAUACAUACAAUGCACCUGACUGCCUUUAUGAGAAGAGCUCUUCUGUAUCGCGGAUCCUUCAGAUUUACCCAAAAAAGCAUAAUGACAACCCCGAGAAAAAUGCAAGAAAUCUUAGAUGACCUUAAAGGCAACCCCUAUUAUGGUAAAUAUGCUGAAAAAAUUGCAGAAAUCCAGAAAACUUCACCAGAAGAUUUUAAAAAUCGAAUAGAAGAAAUAGAAGCAAUGAAAAAAAAGAAAAUUGAACCCACAAAAGAUAGGCAGUAUUCUCAAUUGCUUAAGCCCAAAGAAAACCUUAAAGCUCCAGUUCAAACAAAUGAGGCACCUUUGGAUGCAGUUAUGAAAAUUGAUCUAAUCAAGGACAAAUCGGCAAAAGAAAUUGAAGAGAUUUGGCAGAAAUACCAUAUUGAAAAGGAAUGUAUUUCAGCUGUUAUCCCUAGUAGAGACUUUGAGGUUCUUGAGGAGAGGUCUACCAAAUAUCCUACUUUCUUAUUCCCACUACCAAGAAGUCAAGGAUAUGAGUUCAUAAUGUGCCAGUUUGAAGCAAAUUCAGUUCAUUUUACCCCUUUGCUCUAUUUUCAAGUUCACAAGGAGAAUGCUCCUGAAUGCCUAACAGUAACCCACUUUAAAGAAUUUAAGGAUGAUAAAGGUAUUGUACUAAUGAGGGGUGAAUAUGACAAAAACAUAUUGACUGCAAAAGAAGCUCAAUGUCUUGCUAAUCAAUUGCAAAUGUUUUAUAUUCAAAGUGAUGAACAAAAAAUUAAGCUUCUUGAUGUAUUUACGCAUAAGCCUGAUAGUUUUGAUCACAUGGAUUUAGUGAAGGAAAUUAAUAAUUUAAAAUUAACUUGAUUGUAUAAGGGUAGUGUAAAUAAGAAUUACCUGUGUUAAUUAUUAA